CCAAAACCCUGAUUUGGGAAUUUUAUUUUCCUCUUUCAGCAUCCCCGUUUCGCCCUGCCUCACACUCUCUCAGCCCUCUGCUAGUGGACGUUUCGAUUCCGUUGGGAAAUCCUCCAGUAGUUUUACAAACGGAUUGGAUUAGAGUGAUUGCAUAUUGUUAUUCCAAUAAAGUCAGUGGAUUUCGAAAUCUGAGUGAUGAAUCCGUUAACAUUGGUGAAGCGUAUUCAAAACAUCAACAAGAAAGAAGCAACGCUUGGCAUAUCUGAAGAGGCAUCUUGGCAUGCAAAAUAUAAAGAAUCCGCCUAUGUUUAUGUUGGAGGGAUCCCCUUUGACCUCACCGAAGGCGAUCUCCUUGCAGUCUUUGCUCAGUACGGAGAGGUAGUUGAUGUUAAUUUAGUUAGAGACAAAGGCACAGGAAAAUCUAAAGGGUUUGCUUUUCUUGCUUAUGAGGAUCAAAGAAGUACAAAUCUAGCCGUAGAUAAUCUAAAUGGAGCUCAAAUUCUGGGUCGAACAAUUAGAGUUGAUCACGUGAGUAACUACAAAAAGAAAGAGGAAGAGGAUGAGGAAACUGAGCGGAAAAAGAGAGAGGAACGGGGUAUUUGUCGAGCUUUUCAAAGGGGAGAAUGUAAUCGUGGGGAUGGCUGCAAAUUCUCUCACGACGAGCAAAGAGCCGCAAAUACAGGUUGGGGAGCUGAAGAAGAUAGACAAUCGAGGUGGGUUCGAGACAAAUUCGAGGGUUCAGCAAGGGGUGGAAGACGAUCUGAUCAGUCUAGUCGCGUGCCAGAAUCUGUCACUCAGAGAGGGCACAGAUAUACUGACAAAGAUUCACAUAAUUCCCCAGCAAAGUUCGGUGACACGGACAGGAAAAGAUCCAGUGAAAGGAUUGAAUCAAAUGCACAAGAUUUGGACAGAAGAGGUGUUGAGAAACACAGGGAGAAUGUAACGAAGCACAAGGAUGACUGGGAUAAGAUAGAUAGUGAUAAAAGGUCAAGGAGGAAUGACGAUGAACCAAAGUCGAGAAGAGAUUACGAUAGGGGAGAUGAAAUGAGAUCAAGACGAUAUGAGUCUGAGUCAUAUCAUAAAGAAGAUCGAUAUGGCAGGAGAGUUGAUGGUGGGUCAGCUCGUGAUAGUUCGCACCACCAUCAGAGGACAGAUGAAGAAAGGCAGUAUCAAUCACGUCGACGAUAACUUUGAUUAUAUCAGUUACACUCAAAUACGUCGGAGAAAUGUUAUUUGUUUUUCUUUUUAAUUUUUACUGAGAUUUCAGUAGUAAUUAUGAAGGAUUAUAACAAGCAUGUGCCCUUUUUCUCUA